GCGUCCCGGGGCAAGUAGUAAACAUUUCCGCUGUGUCGCGAUGGACUCAAACAAGGACGAAGCCGAACGAUGCAUUAAAAUAGCACUAAAUGCAAUCAGUAAUAAUCAGUUAGACAAAGCCAGGAAGUUUCUGGAGAAGGCUCAGCGUUUGUUUCCGACAGAUAAGGCCAAAAACUUGUUGGAGUCAUUGGCGCAGAAUGGAAAGCCUCCUGAUGAGAACGGUACUGCUGUAAACGGAGAUGGACCCGGGUUGAGGCAUCGCGGUGAGAAAAACGGAGCUAAUGUGUCUCAGGGCCCCACAGACUCAGACAAGUCGUACACAGCAGAGCAGCUGGAGGCGGUCAAAAAGAUUAAGAGCUGUAAAGAUUAUUACCAAAUUCUGGGAGUGGAAAAAUCAGCUUCUGAGGAGGACCUUAAAAAGGCCUACAGAAAGCUGGCUCUUAAAUUUCACCCAGAUAAAAACCACGCACCUGGAGCCACAGAGGCUUUCAAAGCCAUCGGUAAUGCCUACGCUGUUCUAAGUAACGCAGAGAAACGGAGACAAUACGACCAGUAUGGAGAGGAGCGAACGCAACCAAGUAGACACAGACACCAUCACGAUUUUGAAGCCGAUAUCUCUCCAGAGGACCUUUUUAACAUGUUCUUCGGUGGUGGCUUCCCAACAAGUAACGUCCACGUUUACAGGAAUGGAAGAAUGCAUUUUGCACACCAGAAUAGACAAGAAAGACGAGAGCAGCAGAGAGAUGGAGGGUUUGCUCUGCUGGUCCAGCUGAUGCCCAUCUUAAUUCUCAUCAUCGUUUCUGCUCUCAGCCAGCUGAUGGUCAACCAGCCUCCUUACAGCCUUAGCUAUCGUCCAUCAGCUGGACAUAUUCACAAAAGGCAUACGUCACACCUAAAGGUGCCUUUCUAUGUGGCGGACCGUUUCAAUGAAGAAUUUACGGGCAAUAACUUGAAAAAUGUUGAAAGAAGCGUAGAAGAAGACUAUAUCUCUAAUCUAAGAAACAAUUGUUGGAAGGAGAAGCAGCAGAAGGAAGGUUUGAUGUAUCGUGCUCGGUACUUUGGAGAUUCUGAGUUGUACCAAAGGGCUCAAAGAAUGGGGACCCCUAGCUGCUCCAGACUUUCAGAGAUUCAGGUCAUACUGGAUGGCUAGAAAACUCUUGCAAACUCAUGGUUCGUCGGUCCUUGAAUCUAAUGGGAAGAAAUCAAUCUGAGCCCUCUGUAAUUGGAGCAUAUUUCUGCAGCAAACCAAGAGAAUCUAAACAAGCCUUACACUCAGUGUGCAGAGGGGCCUCUUCAGGGGACCUCUCCACAGCUCGAUUCACUUCCUGCAGAGCUGCGAGAAGCUUUGAGCUGCCUGCUGACAUUUUACUUCCUCUCCUGUUUUAACCAGUGCUGACGGACAUCAUGGUGGAAAGUGACCGAGUUAUCAUCUUUUGGAAUGAUAAAGACGACUGCUGAGAUUAGUUUCCUCUGCCCUGAUGUUUUGAUUAGAAACCUGAAGGCCUUUCUCAUAGACAAGACAGUCUGAGCCACUCCAGAAGGGGGCAGUGUGUAAUUUUUAUAGUUCUUACCAAUGUAAAUACUCAUUUUACUUAACAGUGCAGGGGAGGGUAGUCCUUUACAAAAUUGUUUUGUGAAUUUGCUUGUAGCCUGUUGGAUCAUAACUAGUAUAAAAUGUUGCACAGAUUAAAGUAAAGCAUAUUUAUUAAAUUAACAAGCUGAAAUUCUAUACAUUUGAAUAAAAGUUGUCCAAUGAUUGACUGGAGUUAAACUCAUUUACACG